AUGAAUAUUCUUGGUCUUCUUCUCCUCGUUCUUCUUGCUCUCGCUACUCCGAUCGUCGAGGCUGGAAAACGCUGCACUUCGAGCAAACAGUGCGACUACGAGUCAGCCUGCUACGAAGGACAUUGCUACACCGUCGACGAGAUGUUCGAGAAGUUCGAUAUGAAGAAAUAA